GCCAAUGGGGUCGCGUGGGGCAGGGCGCUCGGGCAGCGGGCCAAUGGGGUGGCGGGCCGGGACGCUCCCGCUGCACUGCUGGAGGCAGGUUGCGGCCGCGUUGGGCUCUACAGGAACCGGUUCGAGUCCAGAUACCGGAGGCCAGCGGGCGACCAGUCAGGGAUGCUAUCAGGGCCUGCGGGCAUGGAGCUGAAGGUGUGGGUGGACGGCAUCCAGCGCGUGGUCUGUGGGGUCUCGGAGCAGACCACCUGUCAAGAAGUGGUCAUCGCACUAGCCCAAGCUAUAGGCCAGACGGGCCGCUUUGUACUCGUGCAGCGUCUCAGGGAGAAGGAGCGGCAGCUGCAGCCCCAGGAGUGUCCAGUGGGCGCCCAGGCUACCUGUGGACAGUUUGCCAGUGAUGUCCAGUUUGUCCUGAGGCGGACAGGGCCCAGCCUCGCUGGGAGGCCCUCCUCAGACAGCUGCCCACCUCCUGAGCGCUGUCCAAUUCGUGCCAGCCUCCCCCCGAAGUCGCGACCGGCACUGAGCAGUGAAACCCACAAAGCACUGACCUUUAGCCUGGGCUGCCCCAGGCUUGCCUCUAGCCCUGUGCUGCCGGAGCCUGUGGCCCCAGGGGCCCCAGUGCCAGGCUGCUGGGCAGACCUACAGGGCCUGGAGCAGAGGGUGCAGAGGAACGCCGCAGAGCUGGGCCAAGAGGCCUUCUGGGGGCAGGAGCUGCGGAGGGAGCAGGCUCGGGAGCGUGAGGGGCAGGCCCGCCUGCAGGCGCUGAGCGCAGCCACAGCCGAGCAUGCUGCCCGGCUGCAGGCCCUGGAUGCCCAGGCCCGCGCCCUGGAAGCCAAGCUGCACCUGGCUGCAGAGGCGCCUGGACCCCCCUCGCCCACAGCAUCUGCCGCGGAGCGCCUGCGCCAGGACCUGGCUGCCCAGGAGCGGCAGAGUGCAGAGCUGCAGGGCAGCUUGGCCCUGGUGAGCAGGGCUCUGGAGGCUGCAGAGCACGCCCUGCAGGCCCAGGCCCAGGAGCUUGAGGAACUGAACCGGGAACUCCGUCAGUGUAACCUGCAGCAGUUCAUCCAGCAGACGGGGGCUGCACUGCCACUGACCCCACGGCCAGACAGGGCUCCUGGCACACAGGAUCUUAUGCCUCCAGCCAGUGAAAUGCCUCUCCUGGGAGCUCCCCGGAGUCCUGCCCUAGUGUCUAGUCUGAGCCCAGAGGUUACCCCCAUGAGGCAGAACUCCUGGAGGUAGCAGCUUCUGCCCCAGAGUAAACAUCCACUGCCAGCCCAGCCCUGGGCUCUGAUGACAUGAGUGAUGGCAGCUGAGGCCAGCCUGGCCUGGACAACAGAAGAAGUCGGUGGUCAUAGAGGACUCCUUCCCCCAUGCAACUAGAGGCCUUCAAGCCCUGGGCCUGAGACAGAACACCUUGGCGCUCGGGGGUUUCUUUUCUGCUGCAGUGGGCAGGGGGAGGCUGAGCUCUUGCCUUAAUCCUUGCCAACUCUGCCAAGCUCCCUGGAGAAGCUUGGGGCAUGGCCAGCUCAGAACUUGCAAGGCCCCAAAGGCCACAGUUCCUUUUGGGGACGGCAAAGACACAGACACUGUUGAGUCUGUGGAGAUGUGCUCAUGUGGGAGGUUUCGUCACCACGUGUGUGUGUGUGUGCGCUGCCUCCUCCACUGUGACACUAAAGCUUCAAUAAACUGCCUAAAGUGG